AUGGCACAGUACGAUCUCACCCAGAAACUCAUCCCCAACCUCGACAGGCAUCUCGCCAUCCCCCUCCUCACCCACCUCGCAGACACCCACAUCUACCCCCAGGAGCAGCUCGCCCGUGCCCAAUAUGACCUCACAAAGAGCACAAACAUGGUCGACUGGGUCCAGCAACUCCACUCUCAAAUUGGCGACGCCGAAGCCGUCGACUUUGACAAAUUAAAAACCGAAGCCACAGCAAAGUACAAUGAGCUCCAGGAGAAGGCCCAGCCCGUCACAAGUGUCAUUGAGAACCCCGAGGCCGUCGCCAAGCUCAGGAGCGGUGGAGACAAGGAGAGAAAUCUUGAACUGUUGAGGACCGAGUACAAGAUUGACAAUGACCAAAUCAACGCCCUCUACCACUUUGGUCAAUACAAAUACUCUUUGGGCGAGUACGGUGCCGCCGCCGACCUCCUCUACCAAUUCCUCAUCCUCUCCCCCUCUUACGACCUCAACGUUUCCGCCCAGUGGGGUAAGCUCGCCUCCAACAUUCUCGUCGGUGACUGGGAAUCUGCCCUCGCCCAACUGCGUGAUGUCCGAGACACCAUCGACAACUCGCAGGGCACCUCCCUCUCAAAGCCCACCGCCCAGCUCCAGGCCCGCACAUGGCUCCUCCAUUGGUCCCUCUUUGUCUUUUUCAACCUCGACCUUCAAGAGGGCCAGCAGGGCUUGCUCGACAUGUUCCUUUCCCCCGCCUACCUCAACACCAUCCAAACCUCCUGCCCCUACCUCCUCCGCUAUCUCGUAGCCGCCGCCAUCAUCACCCGCCGAUCCACCAAAUCUUCCGCCCCUUCCCGUUCCAGCCGAGACCACAUCAAGGAGCUCACAAAGAUUGUCGAUAUGGAAGAGUACCAGUACUCUGACCCCAUCACGGCCUUCUUGAAGGACUUGUUUGUGGAUUUCAACCUGGACCAGGCGCAGGAGCGAUUGACGGUGGCCGAGGAGGUCGUCCGUCAAGACUUUUUCCUGUCGGGCUUUGUGGAUGAGUUUGUGGAGAAUGCGCGACUGUUGAUUUCCGAGGUCUACUGCCGUAUACAUCGAAGAAUCGACAUCAGGCAGUUGUCCAAGACUUUGAACAUGUCUGUAGAGGACGGUGAAAAGUGGAUUGUCAACCUCAUUAGAGAUUCCAGGAUGGGUGUCGAGGCCAAGAUUGACCUCAAGGAGAACAUGCUCCAUAUCACACGGCCCCACCCCUCGGCCACCGCCUCCCUCAUCGACGUCACCCGGGGUCUUGCGUUCCGAUCCCAGGCCGUCCAGUUCGCCAUACAAAGCAGCGUCGGCGGCGAGACUGUACAACGCGAGAGGGGGGACCGAGGUGCCAAGGGCGGACGAGGAAAGCCCAGGGGUCAGGAGGUUGCUGCUUAG